AUUAUCUAUUAGUCCCUCACUCCUAGGGAUGAGGUGAUCCGUUGGAUGAGCGUAACGCGGGACCGAUCAUCGUGGAUAUCUUUGGGGGAGGCCAUUGUCCAGCAGUGUACGACCUCCAGCUGAUAUGAUGAUGAUGAUCUGUUAGUCUUUUCUCUUUAAGGUACCUACUCUUUAAAUCUCAAAUCAAUAUUACAAUUUCUGGAUGGAUCACCAGCUUCCAAUAAAAACAUCACCUAAACAAGAGAGUUGAUAAAUAUAUCAAAUAUCUAUAGGGCAUGUGUUAUCAGACAGAUGGCUCAGCGGUAACAACCGUUGAGUUAAGGGCAUUGAAGACAAAAUUACCGGAGGGGAUAUAUUGAAUCACGCAUCGUCCAAAAUUUACUACUUCUAUCCCACAUUCUCUGCCCGAAUCGUCGGGAAGCCAAUACUUUGUGUACGGAUCGAUCGUUUGGCGUCGUGUAGAAACUUCGCUACAUUAUGUUUGUAUUGUGAAGUGAUUGUGCUGUAUUACCACCCAGACACAAACGGUUACUUGUAAUCCUCUGAAGAUAGAAGCAAGAUAGUAUAGAUGGCGGUAAUUGCUUAUAAUUGGCAGCUGAACCAAUCUUUAAGCCUUAAGAAACAUGACCUUAAAUUAGGUUCCAGUCAGCUGGUGCAACCACCAUGUACUUUUACAAUAAUUAUCUGCCCCAUCGUACAUUAAUAUGUUAUUAUUUUUAGAUACUAAUCCAAAUAUUAUUUGCAAAUAACUCACGAAGUACUUAGCCCAUCCAAAGUAAUUUAAGUGACAUAGGUGAUAACAAUAACGAUAAUAUAAUUUUAUACUUUACAGUUAAACGAUUAGCAGUUUUUAAUGAACAGUACGAUAAAAUGUACACAGAACUGACCAAUCCAUGUAUUAAGAAUCGAACUAUGCUGAAGCAAUCUGUUGAUUUGAAGAAAAACAAGAAAAAUAUUCCAGUUAAAAAGUCGAAUUCAAGCAAUGUAAAUGAACCAACGCACAAUCAAACUAUUGCUUCCAAGAGAACCAAUAAAAUACCUUCAGAGUCUAGUACCAGUAUUAUUGGUGAAACAACCAAACAAUCUGUUGAGUUGAAAGAACAUAAUACAAUAUAUAGAGAUAAAAAGUCUCAAUCGGAUAAUAUUACUAGAACAACGCCCAACGAACAUGAUGCUUCAAAGGAACAUAAUGCAUGUGAAAUGUCUGAAUCCAGUAAUGUUAGUGGAACAACUUCCAAUCAAUGCAGAUAUUUUAAAGAACGUACAGGUCAACACAUCAAAAAUAACCAUAAAAUAAUACAAACUGGUGGUAAAUCUUACGCAUGCAAUGUGUGUGGUAAGAGUUUCAAUCAAUCUCGUGAAUUGAAGAGACAUAGUAGAAAACAUACCGGUGAUAAACCAUAUACAUGCAAUGUGUGUGGUAAAUGUUUCAAUCAAUCUAUUAAUUUGAAGACACAUAGUAGAAUACAUACCGGUGAUAAACCUUACCCGUGCAAUGUGUGUGGUAAGAGGUUCAAUCAAUCUAUUAAUUUGAAGACACAUAGUAGAAUACAUACCGGUGAUAAACCUUACCCGUGCAAUGUGUGUGGUAAGAGUUUCAAUCAAUCUAUUUAUUUGAAGACACAUAGUAGAAUACAUACCGGUGAUAAACCUUACCCGUGCAAUGCGUGUGGUAAGAGUUUCAAUCAAUCUUUUAAUUUGAAGACACAUAGUAGAAUACAUACCGGUGAUAAACCUUACCCGUGCAAUAUGUGUGGUAAGAGUUUUAAUCAAUCUAGUGAUAUGAAGAAACAUAGAAGAAUACAUACCGGUGAUAAACCUUACGCAUGCAAUGUGUGUCAUAAGAGCUUUAAUCAAUCUUGUGAAUUGAAGAGACAUAGUAGAAUACAUACCGGUGAUAAACCAUAUACAUGCAAUGUGUGUGGUAAGAGUUUCAAUCAAUCUUCUUGUUUGAAGAGACACAGUAGAAUACAUACCGGUGAUAAACCAUAUACAUGCAAUGUGUGUGGUAAGAGUUUCAAUCAAUCUUAUUAUUUGAAGAGACACAUUAGUAUACAUACCGGUGAUAAACCAUAUACAUGCAUUGUGUGUUGUAAAAGUUUCAGUGAAUCUGGUCAUUUGAAAAGACAUAGUAGAAUACAUACCGGUGAUAAACCGUACCAAUGCAAUUUGUGUGGUAAGAGUUUCAAUCAAGCUUGUCAUUUGAUGGACCAUAAAAGAAUACAUACCGGUGAUAAGCCUUACACUUGCAAUGUGUGUGGUAAAAGUUUCAAUAAACCUUGUAAUUUGAAGACACAUACGAGAAUACAUAUUGGUGAUAAACCAUAUACAUGCAAUGUGUGUGGUAAGAGUUUCAAUCAAUCUAUUAAUUUGAAGACACAUAGUAGAAUACAUACCGGUGAUAAACCUUACCCGUGCAAUGUGUGUGGUAAGAGUUUCAAUCAAUCUAGUGAUAUGAAGAAACAUAGAAGAAUACAUACCGGUGAUAAGCCUUACGCAUGCAAUGUGUGUGGUAAGUGUUUCAAUCAAUCUAUUAAUUUGAAGACACAUAGUAGAUUACAUACCGGUGAUAAACCUUACCCAUGCAAUGUGUGUGGUAAGAGCUUCAAUCAAUCUUGUGAAUUGAAGAGACAUAGUAGAAUACAUACCGGUGAUAAACCAUAUACAUGCAAUGUGUGUGGUAAGAGUUUUAUUAAAUCUAGUACUUUGAUGAGACAUGGUAAAAUACAUACCGGUGAUAAGCCAUAUACCUGCGACAAUUGUCCGUUGAAAUUUACUCGUAAACAAUCUCUUGUUAAACAUUUACAGAAACAUAUGUUAUAAUAAUAACUUCUAUAUUUCUCUUAUGUUUACAAAAGCCUCCUAGUUAAUUUGUAAAUAUUAACCUGUUUCUAUGUAUGUCUCAACUCUAAACCAUACAUACGAUUACGUAUUUGUAUUUUAAAACAAUAGAAAGAUCUUAUUAUUUUACAAACAUAAAAUGUUAGGUAUAAUUCGUUACAUUAAUUGAAUUUUUCAAGGCCAUUAGAAGUUAAUGAGACUUCAUGAAGCAAAAGGUUUUUAAUAUUUUAAUUUUACACUAAAACUCCAUUAUAAACUAGAUAAUAAGCCGCGCUUACAAUAAUUUACUUACCAAAGGGAAUUUCGUUUGCUCAGCCGAUGACGCUUUCUUCGUUAAUAUAAUUAUAAUAUAAUAUAUUCUAGGGCUUACGACAAACGUUGUAUUGCCAUAUAAAUUAAUUUCCCCGCGCCCGCUCAUUGUUUGAAUUGUCAUAUGUAAUGAAAUAUCAUUCACAGAAUUAUUUUUGUUAUGGUAUUUCUAAGUCAUAGAUAUAGGUUCUGGAUAAGUUAUAACCAACAUUAUAUCAUAUACUAUAUAUUCUCCGAAACACCCUGCAUCUUAUGGUAGUUAAAUAGCUAACUUAUAGUUAGUUAGAACCCUACCUAUUUUUGGUACAAAAUUAUUAGAUAAGGUGUUAAAUGCGUACAAACACCAUUUGGAUUUAAAUAUGAUAUUAGUUAGGUACUUGCAUAUUAUUAGAUACAUGUAAACCACAGAGCAGAAAAAACCAGUAUGGAAACCAAUGUCGCCAAACUCACACAUUAAUCUAUUAAAUAUGUAAUACACACACUUAAUUCCGGCUAUAUGAUAGGCCUAAAUUCACAAUUACGAAAAGACAUAACUACUAGUUUAUUUAAAUCAAAUUCGAACUUAAUACAAUUACGCCAAUCUCAUAUUCUUAAAGUGAUUGGACAACCUCAGAGCUUUUUCUUAAAUUGAGAAAAAUCUAAUAUAUAAAAUUCUCAUGUCGCGGUGUUUGUAGUUAAACUCCUUCGAAACGGCUUGACCGAUUCUCAUGAAAUUUGGGUGCAUAUUGGGUAGGUCUAAGAAUCGCACAACAUCUAUUUUUCAUCCCCCUAAAUGUUAUGGAUGGUUCACGCCAAAUUUUUCUUUUUAUUUUUUUUUUAUUUGUUUGAUUAUGAGUCAGCAUUAAAAAAUACAUACCACUUCAAAUUUUCACGCAUCUACGAUCAACAGUUACUUUUGUAUCGCGAUUUUAAUAUGGGCAAUACAACGUUUGCUGGGUCAGCUAGUAUAAAAACUUGAAGUAAUAGGAACUCUAUAACCGUCUGACAGAUCUGAUCUGAAUACCUAGUGUUGUACAAAAAUGAAUAAACCUAUCGAUAGGUUAGUGAAAACUAGAAAUGAUCUAAUCAGGGUUGAUAAAGUAUAUUACCGACGAAUUUUUUUUCUUAGGUAUACUUUUAUUUAAAGGAUAAGCUUAAUAUUGUCCAUAUUUAGCUCAAUCCAAAUAAAAUCAAGACAGCAUACACGAAGCCUUAGAAAGUUACACAAUCCAUAUAUAUUUACAUGGGAAGGAAUACACGCAUAAAAAAUUGUUUUUUUUUUUAUAUAUAAGUAUUUAUCGUUAUUCUGUAUAAACCCAAGGGGCCAGAAAGACAUGAGAUUUUAUAAACCAUACUGCUUCCAUACGUAAUACGCGUGCGGAAACAAUUUUCAAAACAAGCAGUAACGAAUGAUUAUUAGCAGGUGCAAUCAUUUAUAUGAUGAAUAUGGAUGUUUGUUUCCGAGUCAUGGAUGUAUUUAUGUAUAUUUAAGUAAGUAUAUUGUAUUAAAUAUAUCGUUGUCUUGUAACCAUAGUACAGGCUAUGCCUAGUUUGUGGCAAGAUAAUUUGUGUAAAAGUGUGUCAAUAUUAUUAUUAUUAUUAAUAAAAAGAGAAGCUAUAAGUACUGGUGAAGUAUUAAUAAUCUUGUUAGUCUUAUGAUAUAUGAUAUUUUAUAAUAUGAUGUACAUAUGCUACAAAGAUGGCAAACAUUCCCAGAAUUCAUGGUUUUCGAACUGUUUUACAAUUCUAUGACGUAUUUCCUCUACUCCAUGAUGUGACGCAUUUACUAGUGGGAGGCUUCUUUGCUACAUUUCCUAGAUUAUAGGUACCACAACGGCGUCUAUUUCUGCCGUGAAGCAGUAAUGUGUAUACAUUACUGUUUCGUUCUGAAGGGUGCCGUAGCUAGGGAAAUUACUGGGCAAAUGAGACUUCACUUCCACCACCUCGACUCAACCUUAUCGUUGGAGCAUCAAUAUAUGCCAAAUAUUAAAAUUUAAUUAAAAUAAAUGUUUGUCUACGAAAUCGAAUACGAAUCUUACACAUAUUUUUUAAAUAAUUAUUAGCUGUACCUAAGCGACAAUUAAAACUAUUAAUUUGAAUUCAUCGUAGUCUCUCUUGUACACAAUUAGCUACCACAACCAUAUGGUAUGCUUACUUACGUAAAAGUAAAUGAAUCAUGCGUCGUCAUGUAUAUAUAGUUCAUUUUUGAUUGUAUAUUUUUCACAUCUAAUAAAAAUUAAUAAUUGAAAGUAAAUCGGAAAAUUAUGAUUAUCGAUGAUAGGAAAUACCUUUGUUGGAGAUAUUUUUAUUUCGGCUAUGAUUUCUACAGUAAAAAAUGGCACAAUAAGGCAUAUUUGUAUUUUUUUUUAAAGAUAAUUAUGCUUCACUUGACAUCAAACGACUGGUCUCACUUGAGCCUCGAGUAGGUACAUUUGUACACAAUAAUGGCGACAGGGUAACGCCCACAUGCCACUCCCACUAGUUUUUUUCUGUUUCGUGAUGUAAACCACUUUAGUCCCAAAAAAAUGUUAAAUUUUUGAAGGGCAUUGAGUGAUAGUUCUCAAUGUUUGUACUGGCUUUAAGUUUAUUUAUUUUUCGUCUAUAAUGCAGUGAAAACAAAUGAGUGCUGUUUUAAAUUUUAUUCAAACUUAUUAAUUAAUGAGGCAAUUAAAGGCAAUUUUAAUGAGGCUAUAAUUUGAUGAUCACAUUUUUAUUUACUUAUUUUUUUAUGUGUGUUAUUCCAAUGUAUCAAGAAAAAUUGAU